AUGGCAUUAUUCGUGGGAACCAAAGCCGUCUUCCGCAGCCUCGACGAAAUCAAGAACGACCGCAAUCAAGACAUCGAAUUCCAAAAAAGAACAUGGGGAUCUAGCGGCGAUCUCGAACAACAACAAAGAAGCAUGCCAAAUUACAGUCGACCUCACUACCCCAGCUACCCCAACCACAUCCAGGGCUACAAAGGGCGAGCCUACACGCCUCCACCCUCAAUCGCCAAAUCCAUAGCAAACGCCUUCCUGCGCUUCUGCCAGUUUGUUUUCGCGCUCACAGUUGCCGGCUUGUAUGGCCGCGACCUCCAUCUCGCCUGCGACAAGAACGUCUAUCUCGAUGCCAAAUGGGUGUUUGCCGAGAUCGUGGCCGCCUUAGCGGCAGCUACGUCUGCUGGGUACCUACUAAUCUGGUGCUGCGUCAGGCGUCUUGCGCGGCCCGCGCUCACGUCCUAUUAUAGCAUGCAUUUCCCCCUUUGGCUUUGGGAGAUGUUCCUGUGUGUGAUUUGGUUGACCUUGUUCGGGAUAUUUGGGAAGAUGUAUCUACCCGAGCAUCCGGAGGGGGAUUUGGAUAUUGUGCGCAUGAAGCAUGCUGUUUGGGUGGAUCUGGUCAAUUUGUUGCUUUGGACGGCGACGAUGAUUUGGUCGGGGUUGAGGUGGUGGCAGGGUAGGGUUAGGAAGGACGGUGAUUCUUCGGAGAUGAAGAAUGAGGGGUUUGAUUUUAAUGAUGGUGCGGGAGGUCGUGCUGCCACUCCUCCUGCUGCCAGCGGUGCUGCGUCUGUUCCAAAAAUGGUUGCUCCUCUUGCCAUGCCGGCUCCAACUCCAUAUCAGACACCCAGAGCUGACCCGAGGGAUGCACCUCAACAUGACAUCUCGCCUUUGGUAUCGCGGCAAAAUUCGGGUGCGAACUCGAAUGCAAACACCGAGGAACGAUCUGUGUCGCCUCUGUGA